AUGGAGAUUAAGCUAGAUGUUCUCGUGUCUACGUGUAUCAAGCAAAGAAAACCAUGGCCUCGCAUCUCAUGGAUUGGACAGGAAAAAGAGGCUGUUUUUCUUCUAGAUGAUAAACAUAUAAAUGAAAUUAACCUGGCAUCAGGGAAGACAAAGAAGAAAAUCCCUAGACUGCAGUCAUUGUUGAAAAACGUAGUUGUUUUAACAACAUCAAACAAUGAUCGGGACUGCUUGAUAGUUGUGCCAGCGAUCGAAGAGUCUAGGAAAGUAGUUGCAGCAGCACAAGAGUGUUUAAUGAGAUUGUACUUGUAUGUAUCUGGAGAUGGCAGAAGGGCACUAUUGACUACGCCUACAGCAUGUGUCUUUUUGUGGGAGAGCACAGAACAUGAAAACACAUCCUCUUACAAAAAUUCUUCUUCCGGGCGUUGGACGCAAAUUUUGCCUGAUGAGUCAGUCAUGUUGCCGUCUACUGAAGAAAAAGAAAUUGGAGUGCAUGCUGCUUUCAUACAAAAUGAGAUACUGGGUGAUUGCUGUUUGUGUUCUUUUGUGUUUUACUGUGGAGAAUGUUUGGUGCUCACCUUUUUGAUUCUUCGAUGGCAUGAAAAUAGCUUUAAAUAUGUUAGUUCUUUGCCAUACCAGAUCCACUGGGUACAGCAGACUUGUUCUCUUGUUAAUUUGAUUCCUCAGUGUGUGUCUGUAAAGUCAAGAGGAGCUUUGCUGUGUGCAUUUGCAAGAGAUGGACUUCUGAUAGCAGUAGCUGUUAAUCAAACUGAUCCAAAGGCAACUCAGAUUUUGUUUUUGAACACAUUGAAUUUUGUAACUGUUUCGGGUAGCCUUAAAGGUUGUAGCAGCAAGAAUAGCAUGGUCCCAUCCAAGUUUAUCAGAUCUUACUGGGUUGGUGAUAUGAGUUGGACUCCUGAUAGCCUUUUCUUGGCUUGCAUGUUAAAACGUGGAUCUUUGAUUUUAUUGACAUGUAUGGGUGAAUUGCUGACCUUGAUUACUUCUGGCUGCUCUAUAGAAUUUGGCCCAGCGGAGUUUAUUCCAUUUCAUCCACUAAUAACAUAUAGACAGCAGCACUCUCUUUGUCGAGACUCUGGUCAGUCUCUUGGUUCUUCAGCUUCUGAAAGUGACCUUAUGAGGCAGAGAUUCUCUGUCACUUCACAUUCAAGAUUACCUUACCUCAUUGUCUCUGAUGGAUACAUGGUAACGGUGCUUAGACUUCCUAACAACCUUUCACCAUCAGGAUUUAUAAGAUCCCUUUUACUUGAUUCAACUCAAAGGCUUGAAAAUAUCCGUCGGAAUUUGUUGAACUCCAAGUCUAAAGGAAGACCUCUGUGUUUACGAUCACUGUUGUCUUUAAAGGCUAGUCUUCUAAAACAUGCUCAAAACCAAAGUUCUAUCUUUUCCACCAUUCCGAAAUUCCUGGAAGAGGACACAACAGAAAUCAGUGAGAAAACAAUGGAUUUACUGGAUUGUGAAGAAGAAUCAGAUGAUGAAAAGCAGUUUUACAGUAGUCCUUCCAGCUUAUAUAGCCAAAGAAUCCAUUCAUCUGUUGGUAAAGCUGAUCAAGGCCACUUAGAAUUUGCAUCAAUGUUUGAUACUAUCCAUGCAAAAGACAGUACUGAAGAGAAAGAUAAAUUAUCAGUGGAACUAUAUUCCAUUCAGAAAAAUCUCCUUGCUGCAUGGCAGACAGGGAUUUCAAAAAAUACAGAAGAAAAGGAUACAUUGCUGAAUUACACAGUAAACUGCAUUAUCCAUUUUUUCAAUGUUCUUCAGUUUGUGAAAUGUUCUUUGCUAAACCAGGAUGCAUCUUUAAACAAGUCUGUGAAGGAUACUCACUGGAUGCAUUGUGUCAUAAAAUAUUUUCAGCAGUGUUUAACUGUCUUGUACUGGCAUUCAAGAGCCAGUGUGACUGGGCAUGUGGCAAAGCUGACAUUACAAACUUUAAAACUGAUGCUUAUACAGCAACAAGAUCAGUUAUUCUCAAAAAACCUUUUGGCAUGCUUCUGUCUUCUGAAAAUGGUUUCUCACACUCUAAGUAGCGUGUGCGUACUACAGUAUGAGAAUAUUUUUGCAUCUUCUCAGGGUAAUAGUCUUGUGGAACUUGACUCCCUCAGUGUGCCUUUUUUCCUAGUUCUUGAUGAAAGUACAACUCAGCAAUUCAGCUCACUGAAAUCUCUGCUUAGAGAGCCUCCUCAAACAGUAAACAAUGAUGCAAAACCAGAAAAAAGGUUGUUGGUACUAUGGCAGUUAUUGUAUAAGAAAUCGAUUUGGUAUCAGAUGCAGCUGAACAGAAAAGUGAACAAGAAUGCAGAAGAAGAAUCUGUUGUCUCAUCACUUUUAAGUCAUAUACAGGCGACCCUCCAGUCUUCAGGAGUGACCUUAGAACAACAUUUCAAGAUUAAUUCUGUAUCUGGUGAGGAGAAGUUUCUUUUAGGCUCAUACAAAGAAUCUGUGGAUAUUUGGAAAAGAUCUCUUUGUGAGAUCAAGGCAAAAGGAGGAAAAAGAACAUGUUUUCUUCAGAGUAGAUAUUAUCUUGCAAUACUGUUUUGCCACCUGUAUCAAUAUAACUUGUGUGAGGCUCAGGGACUCUGUGAUCAUCUGGUAGGAGAGAUUCUAAGGCGAUCACAUCUCUCAGUGAGUCAGAUGGAAAAAUUUUCGGGUAUGUUUAUAUUGGAUAAAAGUCAUGAACUAUGGAUGGUAACAGAUGUUCAUACUGAAACUGCUAUGGCUGUGAUUCAAUCCAUGGCACGAUUCAUGGCCUCUUACUUCACAAAUCAGCUGCUCUAUAUCUUUCCCCCACACAAUGUUGGCAUCCUUCAUCCGCUUCACACCAAACAAGACUUAUCUCCUCGUAUUAUUCCGCUGCAACACUGUUUGGUUGCCAGAGCUGUCAGGGACCAGAACCUUUCGUCUGUGUGGACAGCUGAAUAUGCUCUUGAUUUGUUCUUUAUUGGUGGACUCAUUCCAGAGGCUGUGUGGUUAACACACAGGCUUGGGGACUGGAAACUGUCUGUUUCAAUUGGUGUGGCCUACCAGCUGUAUUGUCAGAACUCUGAUGAAUUCUCAAGACUGAAAAACACAGAGCGUCACCUACCAUUAAGCUUAUCACCCAUGCAGACUUUUCAGGAAAAGUUACAAUCUUUGUUAGGACAGCCAGUUACUUCUGAAACAUCAGGAUGUGUUAAAUACAAGCAGUUUACAGAUCCCAUUGAAGAGGAAGAUGGAAAUGUUCUUCAUAGUUCAAUACAGGAACUACUGAAAGCAGCUGUUAUGGCAGAUGCUGAUAUUCUCUCGGAGACAUUUCAGCUUUUGAUGGAUUCUGCCAAGGAUCUUAGCAGAAAAUUGUAUGGUUUAGUUCCAGAUGGACUUUAUCUUCCAGCACCACCAUUAUACUGUCCUCAGCCAGCUUCUCUCAGUGAAGAAGACUGCAAUGACAUUCUUUUAAAAAUUGAGAGAGAAAGUCGUCAGAAAGUGUCAGGAGUUCUUCAGCGAAUUAUCUUACUCUUCCGGGCUGCUCGUUGUUCCUGCCCUGCAGCACAGUGGUAUAUUGCACAACUGAAGUGGGCAAGAAAAGUCAUGCAAAAAAUUCGAAUGAAAAGAUCUCUUCCUUUGCUGAGUCCAUUCCCAGAGACUUUGCUUCAUUACUCCAAUUUCCACACUAUUUUCUUUAGAUCUACAUCUUCUGGAGACCAUCAGUUUGAUGAUAUUACCUGUAAAAUUUUAGGUUGGUUCAGAGACCUCUGUGCAUUGUGUUGGAUGUUUCAUGUUCGUGACAGAUUAUCUGAGAACUGUAAGCGAUACCAAACUGCAAGGGAAAAUACUAACAAUCGUAAGGAUCUGAAGAAGAAUGAAUAUGAUGCCUCCACAGUUGAGCAUUGUCUGAAUGCAGUGGAGUGGGCUUGUCGAAUGCUUCCUUUCUCCAGGUUCAUGAACAUUGAAGAAUUAGUUCAAGAUGUAAUUUUGAGUCUGCUUGGAGAAUUGCCACCAGUGAAAAAGGUGGCAGAGAUUUUUGUAAAAGCAUUUCCUAAUCCUGAAGAUGUAAGAGUUCCACUAAGAGAUAAAUACCAUGGACUUCAGCAGCGACUCAGACACACUGUUGUUAAAGGUCCUGAAAAUGAAGAAAUUAUGUCUAUUAUUAUACAAGCUGCUGAAAAAGUGAGAAUGAAGGUCUUGAGAUGUGUAAUAAGGAACAUAGGCCCCAUAGAAAUUAAUAUUUGGGAGCCAGCAGAAGAGGGAACAGCAGAUGAUGAGGAACGCUGUUAUGACAGAUUCUCAUUAGGCACUAGCCUAAGCAGCAGCACACUUACUGAUCUUGGGAAUCCCCAGGUAUAUAGUGAUGCUGACACAGCAGGUACACUUUCUGAUGCUUUAUUUACUGAAGAUGUGAGAGCUCAAACACCUUCACUCCAAAGGGAUGAUGAACAUCAAAGACAGGGAGAAAUAGGUACCAAAAGUACCACACGUAAGAUAAAAGCUGUUAAUGGGAAAACAAAACAUAAAGACAAAAUACAUGGAAAAGACAUGCAUAAUCAAUGUAAUUUGCCUAUAGUUGGUGCAUGGGAAUUUGAACGUGAUGAUGAUGAGUAUGUGCAUUUUUUAGAACUCUUUCUGAGUUACAUUCUUGAGAGAGACCUGAUCAAGUACAGAGACCUUGGAAUUCCAUUUCUUACUAGCUUUUCUGGACUUCUUCAAGAGCAUGAAUUAAACUCUCUCCUCUUUGAUGUUCAGACAACACUAAAACGUCGACAAGGCAAAACUAGAAGCCAGAGUGUGUUUAGAGCAGGGUCUUGCUAUACUGUCGCGCUGGCAUCUUGUGAUCCUGAAACAGUGUCUGUCUACAGUGAAAAUCAAAAUAUUUUGGAAAAUCCAACCAUUGUACAGUCAGUUGUACAGACAACAGAACCAUCUGUGCGUAACCUGAUGAAAGGACUUAAUGAAGGAUUAUUUGGUUUAAAACACAAGUCAAUUUACAGAGCUCAGGGUGACAAUCAAGGAGUUGCUGUUGCACCAGCAGGCCAGCCCUUUCCUAACCACACUUUCUCUAGCCUGCAAAAUCAGGCAACUUCUAAAUACAUUUACAAAACUGUUGAUAGAAUUGAUAAUGUACCAGGAGAAGAACUAGCUAUAGAAUUAAUGGAUAAGUUGAGAAAUAUUGCAAAAUUGCUUGAGUGGAUGAUCAGAUGGUCUGAUAAAAGACUGUUCUGUGGUUCCAAUAAACAAGACUCCUUGGAAGAGACUGUCCCAAUGAUACAUGUGAAAACAUCAGCAGCUGCUGUCCUUACUUCUUUGUGGCUGUUAGAACAGCUAUACAGAGAUGGAUCUCAAGCAAAGAGCAUAAAAUUUAAG